AUGAUGCUGGCCAUCAUUUUGAUAGUGCUGUUCGCUCUGAACACCCCAAUCAACGCUCAUUCUUGGAUUGAACAGUUGACUCUCAUUGCACCAAAUGGAACAUUCGUCGGUACCCCGGGAUACCCCCGUGGGAACUAUCUUCGCAGCACCUCGGGUUACAGUGACACCACCAUGACCUACCUCAUUCCACCGGGCUCUCGAGCUAACGUGACCGAAAUCCUACCGACCGACAAACUCUGCAAAGAUACCCAACAGGAACAGAAACAGUCAGACGGAAGCCCCCGACUGGAAGCCAGCGCUGGCGCUGCGAUUGCCCUUCGUUUCCAGGAGAAUGGUCAUGUCACUCUGCCCCAAAACCAGCCUGGGAAGCCGCCAAACAGAGGUACUGUCUAUGUUUAUGGCACAACCCAGCCCAAGACUGGAGAGAAGUUCCUCGAUGUCCAUGGCGCAUGGACGGCAGACGGAACGGGUGGCGAUGGACGGGGUGUUCUUCUCUCCAAGCAGGAUUUUGACGACGGCCGUUGCUACCAGGUCAACUCUGGAGAAAUUUCGGGAACUCGACAGGCCAAGUUCACCCACACAGCAAAUCAAUUGAUGGGGGCGGACCUUUGGUGUCAGCAAGAUAUCCAAUUGCCUUCCAAUGCCCCAAGCGGAAAGCCAUACACUCUCUACUGGGUGUGGGACUGGCCGACCGCCGCAGGGGCUGACCCUACUUACCCCAAUGGCAAAGCUGAAAUUUACACCACCUGUAUGGAUGUGGAUGUGGUGACCAGGGUCGGCAAGCAGGCAGCCAACGAUGAAUACGAUGUUGAUCAGGAUCUCAACCAGGCCGCAAUUCCGGCGCAAUUCGAUUCCCUUGGAGAUGGGGUCUCUGUCCAAGCCUCUGGAACCACCCCUGCUGUUCCGAGCACUCAGAACACUCUGACCACUUUGACCACUAUGGCUCGUUCUGCCACGGCUGUCGCGGCUACCACGGCUCGCAGGGUCACCGUGACCGACUGGGAGACCAGUACAAGCACCGUCUAUAUGAGUCUACCCACUUGA